AUGGGGGAGCGCCUUUUAUGUCUGAUCUCCUUCGUCCUGGUUCUCAACGCGCGGAGGAGAGGGCACCUGAUGCUUACUGAGCAAGCCGCUGGACGCUCAAGGGUCCGCUUUAACAAGGUAGCAUCAGCUUACGCAGGGAAGCUAGAGGGUGCGUGGCGAGAGACCGCGCUGGUCGCGGUCUCCUCGGCGUUCUGGUGCUGUUCCAAAGUGCCGCCCUCGCUCUGCAGCAGCCGCCUUCGGGGCCAGCACGGCUCCAUUCGCAAUGCCCUAGAGCUGGCGUCACGCGCCCUUGGCAAGGUUGUGCGCGGCAAGAAGCGGCUUGGCGAAGGACCACGCUACCUGCGCAUCCCCUUGUAUGUCCUGGUCAUGUUCCAAAGUGACACUGAAUGUCUGCAGGAGCUGGCGCUGCAGCAAAGCCGCUCGAUCCAUCAUGCUCUGCACCUGCAGUCCGACACAUUGAACAGAAUUUUCGUAGGAAGCCAGCACUCAGUUGCCCACGGUAGCACGGGGCUGCUUGGCGUCGGACCACGCUACGCCCGCACUCUGCUUCAAUCUUUUGCGUGGAGUUUCACGGUGACGUCGCAUGUGCGCGGGAGCUGGCGUUACAUCAGAGCCGCUCGACCCUUCAUGCACUACAGCUGGCGUCGCACGCUUUUGACGGAAUCCCGAGUCCACAUCCUCAGCUCGCCUCCAGGUCGACGCUCGAAACGUGUAGACGGAGUCCUUGAGCGUUUACCGCUCUACGCCUUCUUGCCACCUCAGACGUUAAUUGCGGUCGGAUUCAGCUGGGCCCGCCUUUUACGGAACGGUAGGGCUGCCGUUUCUCGCGUGUCCGCCUUCGUCGACGCUCAAGACGUUCAUACGGGGGGCUUGGGUGUCUACUGGUCUCCGCCUUCUCGCUAUGUCACGUCACCCCUGUGGUACGCCUAUCCACUGCGUUACAUACCGGGUUACGCGUGUGGACAUGCAACUCAGAAGAACGGCGGGGACCUAAUGGAAAGCAGCCCUGCUAAAGGGGCAUCCGACCUGCACCUGCAGCGGUCGAUGCACCAUACCCCGCUGACAGAGUUGUACAGCAGCUUUGUGCAUUUUGGCGUGGCGGCGCUCUUCUCAGAACACCAGAGCAAGAAGAACGUGGGAGGGGCGCCUCACAUGUUUGACAUCGCGUGCCCACGCGCCACGGGGCGCACCGUCUGGUUCCCGUCAUACGCCAAUGCGAGUGGCGGAAUGCUGCGGCAUCAGUUCUACUUGUCAGCAGCGCGGAACUGCGAGGCCGGUUCGCGGGCAUGUGGGCCUAGUCCCAAGAAGUGCACCGAGAACGACGUGCUCCUGUUGAUCAGCGCCGUACACGGGGUUCUGUUUGCAACGGCGGUCGGUUCGUGCAUUUUUCGUGCGUUACACCGUUGGGGCACGGUGUCGCUGCAGUCGACGUUUGCUGUAUGCUAUGAAAAAAACGUGGCGCGCCUCAUCUCGACGUUUGGUACCUCGUAG